AUGGAGGAAGAGGAGCAUGAGGUGUACGGGGGAGAAAUACCUGACGAAGGGGAAGAUGUCGACCCUCACAAUGCCGAUGUCGAGAUGACCACCGCUGAUGACGACGCCGUCAAGGAGCUGGAUGAGAUGAAGAAGCGACUGAAAGAAAUGGAAGAGGAAGCUGCAGCUCUUCGCGAAAUGCAGGCGAAAGUUGAAAAGGAGAUGGGUACUGUUCAAGAUCCUACUGGUGCUGCUGCUUCACAGGCAAAGGAGGAGGUCGAUUCACGAUCCAUUUAUGUUGGCAAUGUUGAUUAUGCAUGUACCCCCGAGGAAGUUCAGCAGCAUUUCCAGUCAUGUGGAACAGUGAAUCGUGUGACUAUUUUGACUGAUAAGUUUGGGCAGCCCAAGGGCUUUGCAUAUGUGGAAUUUCUUGAACAGGAAGCUGUUCAAGAGGCUCUACAGCUGAACGAAUCUGAACUGCAUGGACGUCAAUUGAAGGUUAUGGCAAAAAGGACAAAUGUUCCUGGAAUGAAACAAUAUCGUGGAAGGCGCUUCAAUCCUUACCUCGGAUAUAGAUACAGGAGGCCGUACGUACCCCCAUAUGGUUACGGGAAGUUUCCGAGGUUCAGGAGGCCAAUGCGCUACAUGCCCUACUACUGA